AUGGGUGUCUUCCAAUUCGUUGGUCAUAUCACAUCUCAUAAAGCUACUUCAAUAAUACCAGUUUCAUUGGUUCAUUCCAUCAAAGCAUUAUCACCCAUUAUCACAGUAGGUUAUUAUAGAAUUUUCAAAAAUAGAUAUUAUAAUGUUAUGAUUUAUUACACAUUAUUGGUCUUAGUCACAGGAGUAAUGACUACUUGUUGGUCUACUCAUGGAAGUAAAAAAGCAGCAGAUCAAACAGCAGAUGAAGAUAACUUCUCUAGAAUAAAAGGUUUGGUUUUUGCGUUUGUUUCAAUGUUAAUCUUCGUGUCUCAAAAUAUUUUUGCAAAAGGAAUUUUAACUGUAAAGAAAAGCAUAGGUGUAUUACCUUCUUCAUCUUCGACGUCAGUGAAUUCUGUCUCAUAUUCGGAAAUUAAAAAAAUACCGCUAUCCCCUAAUCAAUUGGAUAAAUUAACUAUUUUAUUCUAUUGUUCCUGCAUGGGUAUCCUAUUGACACUUCCACCUUUUAUCACUGGUGAAUUAGUUGCAGGACACAGCUUCCUGAAUGAUCUAUCGUCAGAUACUUUAUUACUCAUACUAUUACACGGUGUCACACAUUUUUUCCAAGCAUUAAUGGCCUUCCAGCUAAUUGGCAUGUUAUCUUCAGUUAAUUAUUCAGUCGCCAAUAUCAUGAAACGUAUAGUGAUAAUAUCAGUAGCCUUAAUUUGGGAAAAGAGAUUAAGUUUUAACCAAUUAAUUGGUUUAUUGUUAACCUUAUCUGGUUUGUAUGGAUACGAUAGAUGGGGGUUAUCAAAGCAUGUUUCCGAUGAAUAA